GGAGUAGCGGAGUCUCUCCAAAGCAACGGAGCGCCAAGCAUAGUCCUUGAUUGAAGAAAUGGAGUCAUCGUGAUUUCUGCUCUUUAGCACGCUUCAUUGACAUUUGUACCUGGAACGCGUUGGGAGAUUUGUAUUUUGUUUUUUCCCCUUCCUGCACGUGUUUGUUAUAUUUCCAGUGGAAACUUUGGCAGUAAGCUUAGCUAGCUAGUUGGCUAUCUAGAGAGCCUGCAAGUCUCAUAUGCUCCCUUGGUACCAGUUAGCCUGAGAGCGUAGGUAACGUGUUAUAGCUAGCUAAAAUUCUUUAUUUGGCUGAGACGUUGCUCGCGUAAUUUUCUUUAAUGUUUCAGCAUGGGUUUAAGAAAUAUGGCAAAUAAUCUUCAAGCGAAAGUUGUGCAGCUCUGUCGGAAUCUUCAAGAUCCGCACCAUGUAGCGAGGUUUCAGGAGAUCUGCGGGGUGAGGGGGACAUUUUCUGGGAUUUCCAGUGAAAGAAGGGGAGAGCACGAAGGUCUGCACAACGGCGCCUGCAUAAACCACUGCCAGGGCGAAAGCGAAAACUGUGACAUUUACGGAGAUGAGGGAAAGAGCAAUGAUGGUCUACGGCAGAGGAAAAACAACGUGACGGGAACCCGCGUGAAGGAGGACGGCUGUAGAAACGGCCUUCCGAACGGGGCAGCUCUGACUCUCGGAGCGGGGGAGACGGUGGGGAGCACCUUAAGCGCUUGCCUCUCUGGUGACAGCAAUGUCGCUGAGGCGAGGGACACCUCGCUGCGAAACCCGAAUAACGGUUGCGGCGGGGAGCGCAUUCCAGAUGCGGAUGUGGACAGGCUGAAUGAGGGGUCAAAUUGCAGGAGCACGACGGUCAAGCCGCUGCGCAAGAACUCUCUGACCGGCGAUGUCGGGCAGGAGUUUUUGAUCAAGAACAAGUUUCUGUACUACCUGUUCACUUUCGGGACCGAGCUGGGCAACGAGCUCUUCUACAUCACGUUCUUCCCCUUCUUCAUGUGGAACGUGGACGCCUACGUUUGCCGGCGGCUGAUCGUGGUGUGGGUGUGGGUCAUGUACCUGGGUCAGUGCACCAAAGACGUCAUCCGCUGGUCGAGGCCGGCCUCGCCGCCCGUGGUCAAGGUGGAGAUGUUCUACAACUCCGAGUAUAGCAUGCCCUCAACGCACGCCAUGUCGGGCACUGCUAUCCCCUUUGAGUUAUUCCUGCUCACUUACGGCCGAUGGGAGUACCCGUUCGUGUUGGGCCUGGUGCUGGCCUUCAGCUGGUGCGUCCUGGUCUGCAUGAGCCGGAUCUACAUGGGCAUGCACUCCAUCCUGGAUGUCAUUGCCGGCUUCCUGUACAGCAUCCUGAUCCUGGUGGUGUUCCAGCCUGCGCUGGAGGUGAUCGACAACUUCAACCUGACGUGCCGUUACGCGCCCCUAAUCAUCAUCUCCCUGCACCUGGGCAUGGGCCUCUUCUCCUUCACCCUGGACACCUGGAGCACGUCCCGCGGCGACACCGCCCAGAUCCUGGGCUCGGGGGCGGGCAUCGCCCUGGCCUCGCACCUCAACUACCAGCUGGGCCUGAUGCCCGACCCGCCCCUGUCCCAGCUGCCCCUCUCCAUGCCGCCCCUGAGCGCCGCCCUGGUGGCCUUGUCCCUGCUGCGCUUCUGCCUGGGCGUGGUGGCGCUGCUGGUGACGCGGGCGGCCAUGAAGGCCCUGACCAUCCCGCUGGUGUGCCGCCUCACGGGCAUCCCCUGCGACGACGUGCGCAAGGCCCGCCAGCACAUGGAGGUGGAGCUGCCCUACAGGUACAUCGUCUACGGCGCCGUGGGCUUCAACACCGUCUACCUGGUCCCCCAGCUCUUCAGAUGCCUGGGCCUGUCCUGACGAGCGCCUCCCCUGUCAACACCAAGCCGAUAACUUAUCGCAAAGGACCAGCUGCCUUUAUUUGUGAUUUUCAUCAUAAUCUGUGUGCUUUAUUGUUUGAUUUAUUGUCUGUUCUCUCCGUUUUUCAGUGGCUCAGAUUUAAAAGCGAUCAGAUGUUUAUUGAUUUCGGUAUGUCAAGUCCAUUCUUCUCAGGCCGUCGGCCAUUGUAACAGGACUGUGGUUGUGUAGCAGAGGUGGAACAGGGUUUAGAGGGUACUGUGACUGGGCUUCCACUGUUGAGUUUUGCCUUUUUGUGGUCAGAUUGUCUGGCCCAGCCCCUUCCUCUCUUUCUUUCUGACUAGCUCUCUGUCGCUCUCUUUCUGCUGCUCUUAGUCUCUCCUACACACACAUGCGCACACGAGCACGCGGAUCUUGCAAAAACCACGGAACACAGAAGAGAUGUUUUUUUUUUUUUUUUUUUUUUUCAAUAACUCAAUAUUGUAUUUGGUUUUUGCUUGCCCAUUUCAAAUAAUUUCUUUUUGUACUUGAAAAUCUAUCCAGGAAUCAUACCCGAUGUAUGGUAUAAUUUCUGACUCUACUCUCACGGUUAGUAUUCUUUUUCUCUGAAGGGCUCUUUGUCUGUAUCUUUGUGAUUUUUGCUACUCUUGAUUAAGAGAGUAAUUAUUUGUUAUGUUGAAUGGAUAUAUUCCAGUGCUGUGGACUGAUAGGAAAGAAGCCAUGGAUGGGCACAUAGAAUUCAUAGACAUCCCUGAUAGCUGUGGUUUCAGUGCAGAGGGAAGUCUCCUGGUUGUCUGAGCUGGGGAUAGCAGACCUUAUUUAUCUUGUUCUUCCUGACCUGACCCUCAGUUACUAUCAAUAUGCUGUGAUCUGGGCUGGCUGCCCGGGGGCUUCCUGUUUCAGCUGAGGGUCGCCUGGACUGCACGCAUCGCCUUCCUGUGGAUUGAACCUCCUGCACUUUGGGAUCGCGAGGGGCGAGGCAGCACUGGCCCCGCCCCUCCUGGAGGGUAAACGGGAGGCCAGUGUCGGAGAGAUGGCCGGAGGGCUGAGGCUCCUGGGAGGUAGGGAUGCAGCUCGCAGGGCAGGCUGGCGCCAUCCCUCUCAUGUCCGAGUGGCUGGUUGUCUUCGUAAGCCUUAGAAGAGCUUAUCAGUCAUGCCCUGCAGAUGAUACCGCCAUCUAUACCAGAGAUGUUGAGCGCAAGGGAACGUCAAAGCAGGUCACGGUUCCACGCUCUCACAUGGGAGACUGCUGUCCGAGCUGUGAAUUCAGCGACAGGAGGUGUUUUACUACGUGCUGUGAUUGGAGCAGCGUUGUCUCUUAAAAUGUAGAGAGUAGCAUGGCGUCCCUCCACUACCCCCUCUGCCCUCUCCUCCCUUCCUACCCGCUGGCCUCACUAGCCCAACCCCGGGCUGCAUCCCUAACCAACGAGUGCGUGUGAGGCACAGCUAAAUCUAGCUGGAGAAAGUAGUGUUAGUUCAGUAUUCUCAUAUCGGUCUCUCUCCCCAAAUGACCAAGGCAAUCGCUGCUUUAGUACGGUACAUAAAUUAUACAUAAAUAUUUGUUAUUGUUUGAAGUUUUUUUGUAAAAUGUCCUCAUACUUGUGAGAAAAGGAGCAUGACAAAAUGGGAGGAAUACCACUUCACCACCAGCAGAAAUGACUGGCUGGCUGGCUGAUUUACAGCCUUCCACAUGUGCCAUUUUGUUGUACUGCUCCCAGAGUGCACUGCUUUCUUAUCUUUUGCUUUGCUGCCUCCCCCAGGGCAGGAGGAGGAGCCUGGGGUCAGGUCAGCGCUCAGCAGUGAUACGGCUCUGUGUAUUUGUGUUUUUUAAUUGUCUUUUCAUCCUGUGUCCUUGUCCUGUGUGUGGGUGUGUUCCAGUCAGCUGGACGCAAAGGACUCAAUGGUGUGACAUGGUAGGGCCUGGAUUCCAAAAAUAACUAAACAAACCGAAAAAACAGGUUGCACUUGAUUGGAGCUCAUCUGAGGCAACCCAUGGCUGUGACUGCCUCCUGCGUCUGGGAUUGUGGCACUGUAGAGCUGCAACAAUCACCUCCACACCCUUCAACAGGAAGGCCAGGUCAGGGAUGGAGAAACAGGCUGCUGCUGCUCCUCUAACGGGGACCUGUAUGCCCUAAACUCACUCUUAACUGCCCCCAAAUUUGGACUCUCCUAAUGAAUAUAUUCAAACAAAGCGUAAAUUUUUAUGUGUGCAGCCAUGAGGCAUUCUGACAUUUAAAAAUUUGAUUUAAAAAAAGUUAAAGAUCUCAGAGAUUUUUUACUCAGAUGCCUUAAAUGCUCCUUUUAUUUCAGCUUCAGCUGAUUUCCCCAAGGUGAUAUGGUCUCUCUCUCAUUCCCUACUUCAUUUUUCUUUACCAGCGUCAAGACAGCCAAAAUGUUUUGGAUUCCAGUCCCUACAAAUCCUCAGUAUUGUACUAUGAGAAAGAAGAGGUUGUGUGUCCUUGCAUGUAUUUGUAUGUAUGUGUGUAUGUAUGUAUGUAUGUAUGUGUGUAUAUGUGUUUUGUGAUUAUUUUAAAGCUUUUAGUUGUGUACUUGUAUGUACAGUCAGUAGGUAUAGGUGUUCCUUUAGUUCAGUAUACUUUAGGUCAGAGACAUACUGUAACCGUCCAGGGAGAUGGUGAAUUGAGCGUUGCGACUAAAGAAUUAAAGACCAAAAAAAACCCUAGAUUUUCAGGUUUGAACCGAGCUCCAUUAUUCUUAUAUACCCUUGUGCCUUUACUGUAACUCAAGUCUGUGCUCUGAAAUGCUAAGUGAGUCCGGUGUGUUGGAGCAGCAAGGCUACAGUUGUCUUCUGUAAUGAACUGUGGAAUGUUAAGGAAUUAGUACCAGUUUGGGUAGGUCCUUCAUAUAAAAACCUGUGUCUUUAAUUUCAUUCUGUAAAAAUUGACCGAUUUAUUCUCUACAUGCUGCACUGCAGAUAAUGCAGAUUUUUUUAUUUGUUUAUUUGUUUAUUUUAGCAGCAUAAAUUUAAAAAAUAUCUUGCAUUUAAUCUGUUGAAAAAUGUCUGCCUUCAGUUCCUCGUUUCAGAGUUGGUGUUUGCUCCUCAAUCGUUAACGUGUUAACCUGCAUAAAUAAUUUGCACAAGAGAUUUCACUCCUAAGGUGAAGGACAGGAGUCCUACUGAUGUUGAAAGAUGUUGAAAAAUAUUUUUCAUCAGUUGAAUAUGGGUUUCUCUUUCCUCCAUACUCAUACAGGGAAGGAGCUGUGAGUAGUUUUAAUCUGUGCAAAUCUCACUCAGGCCUUUGUUACAUCACUAACAGCUGCAGUUGCAGCUGUGGAUUCGAAUCGAGCAAAAUGACUUGCCAGCUGUUUUUCUAUUGAACUUAAGACUGUAUUCAGGAAAGCUCAGUAAUUUGCACAUAUUGCCUGAACAGCAGGCUUUGGUAUGUCUCUGACCUCAGGGUGGGUUCGUUUAAGGUGUAAGGUCUUGUCCAGGUGAGCAGCGCUUCUGUAGUUCUCCACUAGGAUGGUGACGUCUCUCCCAGACUGUCAGGUCCUGUCUGCUCACUGCACUGGGCUACUCUUGGGCCUGUGGAUUGCAAACUAGUGCUUUUCAUGUUAGCAACGUUGAUACUGUGUACAAACGCACUACAUGCUAGUGUCAACUGAGUGCAGGGCUAGUGUUUGAGGAGCAAGGUUUUGGAACUGUUGACUUUUGGCUCGCCUGCACUAACUAACUGUCAGAGCUCUUGUUUUCGCUUCAGUUCUACAUUUGCUCCAUUUUUGACCAAAUAAAUCUCAAGCCAAUUCAACUAGUUUAUGUGAAACUGGAAAACGUACAUAACCCAUAGUUUACAAAUGACACCAAACUUGUAUGCUCCAAUCUAUAUCCCCUUCAUGGUUGCCUUGGAAGAAUUUGUAGCAAAUACUAUCCUGUCAUUUUCCUAAAUGUAUAACAGUGUUUGUCUGGAAAGAGCUGUGGUAAGAAUCAGCAACCCAUGUGACACAGAGUACAUGUGUGCCUGUGCGUGCGUCACAUUGGUUUCCCUUUUUGAGAAAUAUUUGUAUCAUAUGCAUAUGGGGACUCGUUUUUUCCUCCUCAUAUAUAAGAUUGCACAAUAAGUUCAUGAAGCAAACAAGUUUUUAUCCCCCCCUGUGCAUAAAGUACUAUCCACUCCAUUCAUUGGUAUUUUCUAAUUUACA